AUGCCGGCUCCAUCACCCCUCACCAUCGCGACGCAGUCCCGCGUCAAGAAGCUUGAGGGAGACCUGAAAGCGGCGGGUGAAGACGCAGAUAGUAACGCUGGGUUCGUCCUGAAGCAGGAGCAAAAAGCCGUAGACGAAACCAGAGCCGUCUUCGCCCCCCUAAACAAGCGCAUCGAAGAAGCCGUCCAACGACUCGAGGAACAGAUCGCAACAGCUGAGAGCGAGGACGCACCUGCCGACGAAUUAAACAAGGCCAAAGAAGCGCUAGAACUAGGAAAGUCGGUUGAAGAACCGCCUGUUGCGUGA